CAAAAAACACCAGCGAAAGAGAGAACAAAGUGGAUGCAUCAAAAACUCGAAGACCAAAUCGGCUGACGACGGUGUCCGCUGGUUGGCUGCCUAAUAAAUUUAUCAAUCGUCUCUUUGUCGUUUCUAUUGAGUCGCAUAGGUGAAAACAACGGUAUCAUCGGUGAAGCCGAAAAUUGGAAUAGCUAAGGGGAAGUAAAACUGAAAAACUUAACCUUUGCCACCUGCUCGUCGCUGGCGGAAGGAAGUGUAGAAACAUGUUGGCCGGAUUAAGGGAUUUUAUCCACCGCCACCGAAGGAAAUUCAUAACGGGGGCCAUCCUUGGUGGAGGACUGGUUCUGUUUAAGUAUAUCCACUACAAGCUGCGCGAGUUCCAAGAGCGUCAAGCCAAAGAGAUUGCUGAACGAUUCAAGCGGAUGCAGCACUUCGAGUCGACGGAAAGAACCUGCAACCAGACGAUAUUGGGACUGGCCCCUUCGGUAGGGGAGAAAAUUUUGAAGGAACUGAGCACUGGAGAUAUAUUAGAAAAGUUACGAUCCAAGCCUGAUAACAAGCUUGAAUUGUGGGAAGAGUUGAAAAUUCUGGCUUUUGCAAGGAUCGUCGCGUUGGUUUACGCGUCCUCCAUGCUGUCCAUUACCCUGAAAACCCAGAUCAACAUUCUCGGUGGCUACCUGUACAAAGAACAACAAGAUGACAGACAACUGGUCACGAUCGAUAUUCAAACAACAUAUCUGUCAAUGAUUCAAUAUUUUCUUACCGAUGGAUUGGACAAACUGAUGGAUAUUAUUCGGAAAAAUGUAACUGUAGUGAUGCAACGUUAUAACCUAAAGCAGGAACUAACAUUGGCUGAUACCGAAACUCUAUUCUGGUCCAUCCAAAUAAGUUUGGCCAAUGAAGAAAUGGAUCCUAUCAAAUCUAUCGCCAAGUUUACGCUUCCAUCGGAAAUGGACCGAGGCGAAACGCUCGGGAAAAUGUACGAUGAGACUUUGGACGUUCUGGAAAGUGCGGAAGUCGCGGAAGUGUGCCAGGCGAACGUUAUUGACGGAUUCAAUCUGGUCGUCGAUAAACUGGCCGAGUACUACGCCGAGGUCGGUUCACCCCAAACGGUCCCGUCAACAUCAAAAUCUGCCCUCAACGUGGAGCCACUGGCGAACAUCAACAGCAUCAAGAUGAGCCUGGCUAAAAUGAUCCCGAUCGUCAAUGGGCUAACUUCAAAGAUACUGGGCAAAUCGGGAGGAUCGUCCGAUACGAACGGUUUAAAUGGUUUCGAGCAUCGUAACAGUGACAUGAUGGCCUCGCUCGUGUCUCGGUUUAUGCAGUCCAACAAGCUGAAAACAUUCGGAGUGAAUGUGUACGAAACAUUCUGCCAGUAGGAAAUUUUCGUAACAAAAAUUAAACAUUUCAACAUUCGUGCGGUAGGUUCAUAGGUGAUUAAAUUUAAGACUCUAGACUUAAACACAACAGUGUUGGCUUUUUCCUACUUUUUUGUUGCUUUGAUUCGAAUUGUCCCCGGUAGAUGAACAAAUUUAAGCUUCGGGACAACGUGUAAGGAAGUAUCAUUUUCGUCUAUAUUUAUACAAGACAAAAACAGUUAAUUUUUAAUAAAGGUAUUAAGCUACAUAA